GUCAAGGAAAUCAAUCCAACCAGAUCGGAAUCAUUUUUUUCAAACUCCAAUUAUUACGAAAUGGGCGAUAAAAUGCUUCGUCGUUUGGCGGUCGCCAACAUGUUCGAGGGCUGCGUUGUCGUUUUAUUGCAGUUGGCAGUGCUGAUAACCCUUCACGACUGGGUCGAUUUCAUUUGCAUCGGUUUCUGGGGUGGAGUCCUGAUGGGCAUGACCGGCAUGUGGACACUGCAGAGAAGACCCAAGCGAAUGAUCACCACAGCAGCUCUAUCCAUGCUGGCCGGAUUGUGCAUGGUGGGUUUCUAUUCGUGGCAAGUGUCCACCGUUGAUUGCGAGAGCAUAAUCAGUCCGACACCCGACCCGAACGCCCGCAAGAGCAGCAACUGGGAAUCUGACGCCGAUCUCUGCAGUUGGCGACUGGCAUCCGACGUCCUGUUCAUCAUCCUGGGAUGUUUGGCCAUCGGCAACAACAUUUUCCUGGCGGCUAGAGCUUCGACCCUAAUCGGAGAUAGGCGUGGCUCUCACUAAAUUGUCCCGUUAUUUACCCUUUUGUUGUAUAAAUUCAUUUGUUUGACUCAUUAUUAACUUGAUAGAAUAUGGCGUGUAGUAAUUAUUUUCCCAUUUAAUUGUUGGACUGCUAAAUUUUACAAAAUACAAUAAUUCGAUCUUA